CGCGACCACCGCCGGUGCACGCUAGACGCACGCGCUGCCGUUGCCUAUCGCGUCCUCAGCAUCGGGUCACCUCUGCACCGGGUAGUCGGCUAGUCUCUCAGUGCGAAGUGGUCCAGGCAGCCGCGUCUGUUGUCGGCAGCGCUUCAGUCGUUCACCAGUGGAGCAGCAGAGCCAACCACCCAGAUCCAGCGCGUCCUGCAUCUCCGUCGUUCGUCGGACCAGUUGUUGAACAUCGCCACACACACGUCACAGCAGCACAAUGUUGGGAGUCUGCCUGGCACGGAAGAUCCUGUUUCACCCACAGCAGCGGCAAUGUGCACACUGGAACAUUGCCACACGCCUCUACUCCUCACACGUGGAGUACAGGCCCAUUCGGAGCGUCAUGUGUGCAAACAGAGGUGAAAUAGCUAUAAGAGUUUUCCGGGCAUGUACUGAACUUGGAAUUCGAUCUGUGGCUAUAUACUCAGAGCAGGACAAGAUGCACAUGCACCGGCAGAAGGCGGACGAAUCGUACAUGGUGGGCAAGGGCUUGCCACCUGUCCAGGCCUACCUCAACAUCCCAGAGAUCAUCCGUAUCGCUAAGGAGAACGAUGUAGACGCCAUCCAUCCUGGAUACGGAUUCCUUUCGGAGCGCUCGGACUUCGCACAGGCCUGCAUAGAUGCCGGCCUCCGCUUCAUCGGCCCAUCGCCUAAAGUUGUGCAGCAGAUGGGAGACAAAGUGGCAGCUCGCAAGGCCGCCAUAGAGGCAGGUGUCGCUGUUGUCCCUGGCACACCAGGUCCCAUAACAAAGCUGGAGGAAGCGAAAGAAUUCUGUCUGAAGCAUGGACUGCCUAUAAUUUUCAAAGCUGCCUAUGGAGGUGGUGGCCGUGGCAUGAGGGUUGUCCGCAAAAUGGAGGAACUGGAAGAAUCGUUUCAACGAGCAACUUCAGAGGCCAAGGCAGCUUUUGGAAAUGGGGCCCUGUUCAUCGAAAAGUUCAUUGAGCGACCGCGACACAUUGAAGUGCAGCUGCUCGGUGACCGCGGUGGGAACGUAGUCCACCUGUACGAGAGGGACUGCUCCGUCCAGCGGCGCCACCAGAAGGUGGUGGAGAUCGCGCCUGCUCCCAACCUCGAUCCCAAAGUUCGGGAUAGGAUGACCACUCAGGCUGUGAAUUUGGCAAAACAUGUUGGCUAUGAGAAUGCUGGUACUGUUGAGUACCUACUGGAUGAACAAGGCAAUUUCUACUUCAUUGAGGUGAAUGCCAGGCUUCAAGUAGAGCACACGGUUACGGAGGAGAUUACUGGAAUUGACCUUGUCCAGUCGCAAAUCCGUAUUGCUGAAGGGAUGACUCUUCCAGAGCUGGGAAUGUCUCAGGAUAAGAUUCACCCCCAGGGCUGCGCAAUCCAGUGCCGUGUGACCACGGAGGACCCUGCCAAGAACUUCCAACCCGACACGGGGCGUAUUGAGGUGUUCCGGAGUGGAGAAGGUAUGGGCAUUCGUCUGGAUGGGGCGUCUGCCUUUGCCGGAGCCAUCAUUUCACCUUACUACGAUUCCCUCCUUGUGAAAGUCAUCUCGCAUGCCCAUGACCUGCAGUCAUCUUCAGCUAAAAUGAACAGAGCUCUGAGAGAAUUCCGUGUGCGAGGAGUCAAGACAAACAUACCGUUCCUGCUGAACGUACUGGAAAAUCAGAAGUUCCUAAAUGGUACUGUCGACACAAACUUCAUCGACGACCACCCACAACUCUUCCGCUUCCGUCCGUCAAAGAACCGCGCCCAGAAACUGCUGAAUUACAUUGGUACAGUGUUGGUGAAUGGGCCUUCAACUCCACUGGCGACGCCGCUGAAACCUGCGGAGAUACAACCUCAUGUUCCGGAGAUUCCUCUAGGUAACCAGGGGAUGGAACAAGAGUCGGACAUUGCAGAUUUUUCGGCGCAGCCACGGGUAACGGACAAUGAAUCGGAACCGGAAUAUCCAGAACUGGCACCUCCGCCAGGUCUUCGUGACAUUCUGAAGAAAGAAGGACCAGAGGGUUUUGCCAAGCAUGUCCGUCAGCACAAGGGGCUCCUGCUCAUGGACACAACAUUCCGUGAUGCCCACCAGUCCCUACUGGCGACUCGUGUCCGGUCGCACGACUUGCUGCGCAUCUCUCCGUAUGUGGCCCACCGUUUCUCUCCGCUUUUUGCAACUGAGAACUGGGGCGGGGCUACCUUCGACGUGGCGCUCCGCUUCCUGCACGAGUGCCCCUGGGAGAGGUUGCAGGACAUGAGAGCUGCCAUGCCUAACAUACCUUUCCAAAUGUUACUGCGAGGUGCCAAUGCAGUUGGGUACACAAACUAUCCAGACAAUGUUGUGUACAAGUUCUGUGAGCUUUCUGUCCAGAAUGGCAUGGAUAUUUUCCGUGUGUUUGAUUCCCUCAAUUACCUCCCAAAUCUGAUAUUGGGAAUGGAUGCAGUGGGGAAGGCCGGUGGUGUCAUAGAAGCUGCGAUUAGCUACACAGGUGACGUCUCAGACCCGAACCGCACGAAGUACAACCUGGAUUACUACCUCAAACUGUCAGACGAACUUGUCAAAGCGGGGACACACAUACUGUCAAUAAAGGACAUGGCAGGACUUCUCAAACCCUCUGCAGCCAAGCUCCUAGUAACUGCAUUACGUGAUCGACACCCCGAUGUGCCGAUCCACAUCCACACGCACGACACUGCCGGAGCGGGAGUGGCUUCAAUGCUGGAGUGUGCAAAAGCGGGUGCAGAUGUAGUAGAUGUUGCCGUGGACUCCAUGUCCGGAAUGACGUCACAGCCGAGCAUGGGUGCCAUAGUAGCUGCACUACAAGGCAGUGACCUGGACACGGGUCUUGAUUUGAGUAAUGUGAGCGAGUACUCUGCUUACUGGGAGCAGACACGUACACUCUACGGACCGUUCGAGUGUGCGACAACCAUGAAAUCAGGGAAUGCAGAUGUGUAUUUGAAUGAGAUCCCUGGUGGACAGUACACGAAUUUGCAGUUCCAGGCCUACUCUCUUGGCCUUGGAGAUUUCUUUGAAGAUGUCAAGAAGGCCUACAGGGAAGCCAAUAUGCUUUUAGGAGAUAUUAUUAAGGUUACACCGUCAUCGAAAGUGGUUGGUGACUUGGCGCAGUUCAUGGUACAGAAUAAACUGACAGCGAAACAGGUGGAGGAGAAGGCUGAGGAGCUGAGUUUCCCCAAAUCUGUUGUGGAGUUCUUGCAGGGCUCUAUUGGAGAGCCCCAUGGGGGAUUCCCUGAACCUUUCAGGUCAAAGGUUCUGAAGGGAAUGCCACGAGUCGAGGGGCGUCCAGGAGCAAGCCUUCCACCGAUGGAUCUUGACUCUCUCAAAUUGAAACUGAAGGAGAAGUUCCCAGAUAUCAAUGACAAUGAUGUCAUGAGUGCUGCCUUGUAUCCUCAGGUCACUGAAGAUUACCUCAAGUUCCGGAAACAGUUUGGUCCAGUUGACAAACUGGAUACUCGAAUUUUCCUCACUGGUCCAAAAGUUGGUGAAGAGUUUGAGGUCACGAUAGAAAGAGGAAAAACAUUAGGUAUUAAGACUUUGGCGAUGGCUGAGGACUUGACACCAGCAGGUGAAAGGGAAGUUUUCUUUGAGAUGAACGGUCAGCUGCGGUCAGUAUUCAUAAAGGACAAAGAAGCUGUAAAGGAGCUGCACAUCCAUCCAAAGGCAGACAAGUCUGUGAAGGGACAGGUGGGAGCGCCCAUGCCGGGCAGCGUCAUAGACAUUAGGGUGAAGGUCGGCGACCGUGUGGAGAAAGGUGCGGCGCUAGUGGUUCUGUCAGCCAUGAAGAUGGAGAUGGUGGUCCAGGCACCCAUAUCAGGUGUCGUCAAGAAGCUGGACAUCGAACCUAACAUGAAGCUCGAGGGAGAUGACCUCCUUAUGACGAUAGAGUAAGCUCGCUGCCAUUGUGUGCCAAAUGGACAGACCCACUACAGGGCUUACUGACAAACAUCUUAAGCUAAGACUUGCAACAGGAAACAUCUGUCUGAAGACUAGAAUUGCUGUCGUAGUGGUGGUGUGUCAAAAAACUUACCGUAUCACAGAAUGAUUCCCAUUUGUGGUAUCUGCAGCCAGAAGACUCCUUGUAGAAACUUACUCAGACCUUAGGGCUGUUUCAUUUUUAAAUCCGCCGAGGUACCUCGUUAAGCAGUUUGGUCUGCAGGUCAUGUAAAUGUAUAUAACAAUUCUUACGGCUAUAUUUGCGAUGCUUCCAUUGAAAGUCUUUCAAAGUUCUCUCUGUUGGUGAAAAUAGCAUAUAGAGUUAUAAGAUGUUGAAAUGGUUGAUGUGGUUCAUAGGGCUCUAGUAAAAUUUUACGACUGUUAGGUGUUUAUAUGCGAGAGUUUGUAGCUGGUUACCAUAAGUGCAAAUAAAUGGUGUGUAUACUUGAGAUAAAAUGUGCUGGUAACUCUUACUGUCAAGUGUUAGUGAGUGAAACUGUAGCUGGAAGAAUAUGCUGCUUGACUGUGUGUGUGAUAAUUUUGUGGGCCUAGCAUUUUUAUUUUUAUUUAUUUUUUUAUGCUGCCAUGUAACUGAAUAGUGACUAUUUAUUGUUGUGAAAAAUGGGUGUAAUUUUCAUGUAUGUUUCUUUGGUCCUUUUUGAUAAAUAUUUUUACAUAUAUAAGAAAAGAUAUAUAGUAUAGUAUUUUUCCCCUUAAAAUCUGAAUUUUCAUAUUACAGGCUAGUGUCUGGGAAGUACAAUUGUUACUGUUGUGAGUCUUACAUUUUGUACUGUACCAAGCCCUUACUUCAGAAAAAUAUGGGGAAGUCAGAAUGUCAGUGGCUGUCUCAUUUUAAGUUCGUUUGUAAAGAAAAGGGACUGUCAUACUAUGAUACUGCUGCCGUUUUUGUGUUCUCUAAAGUAAUUGGUAACAAUUUUUGGAAAAUCUCGAGCACUCACACCGCUCCCCAUAUCUGUGUGUGUGUGUGUGUGUGUGUGUGUGUGUGUGUGUGUGUG